AUGAGUGCACAGGAAGCAGGCGGAUUUAUUCGCAAAAGAAGGACUAGAUCCAGUGUGAAAAAAGUAAACUAUAAGGAGAAUAGUGAUAAUGAAGAUAAUAAUACCAUACUAAAGGAUGAAUCGACUGAAGUAGAUGAACCAUUUGUUGAAAGGAAGAACAAAAGUGAUGAUAGUGAUGUGUAUUAUUCUGCAAGUGAAUCAACAAUGGGUGUCAAAGAAGAGUCCAUCGAGAUUAAAGGUGAGGAUUCUGAAUACAACCAGGAAUCCAUAACUGUUGCAUCUCAGGAUGAGAACGAAGAUGAUGAUGAUGAUCAACCCCUUAGUAAGAAAAGAAAGACCAGAGCAAAGACAAAGACUAAACGGAAACCUGCUGCUAAGGGCAAAAAGAGAAAACCACCAAAGACAACCCCUUAUGAGAGAAAUACCAUGCGGCUGUUCGAAAACCAUCCGGAGUUGGUAAAUGUGUUCCCAGAUUUAAAGAAUUCACCAAAAUAUGUCGCACAGAGAGCUCCUCAACCUAGUGGAUUAUCGAUUAGGUUGUUACCGUUUCAACUGGAAGGUCUUCAUUGGUUGUUAGAACAAGAAAAUGGUAAAUAUGGAGGUGGUGUCCUAGCAGAUGAAAUGGGUAUGGGGAAAACAAUACAAACAAUAGCACUAUUGAUGAACGAUUUAACCAAAAGACCUUCCUUAGUAGUGGCUCCAACUGUGGCUCUGAUGCAGUGGAAGAAUGAAAUAGAUCAACAUACUAAUGGAAAAUUAAAAAUUUACACCUAUCAUGGUGCUUCCAAAACAGUUAAUAUUGCCGAUUUAGCACCAUACGAUGUCAUUUUGACGACGUACUCAGUGUUAGAAUCCAUUUAUAGGAAACAAACAUACGGUUUCAAAAGAAAGUCGGGAUUGCUUAAAGAACCUUCUGCAUUACACAAUAUGAAAUUCUACAGAGUGAUUCUAGAUGAAGCUCAUAAUAUUAAAGAUAGACAAAGUAACACAGCUAAAGCUGUUAAUAAUCUGCAAACUGAAAAAAGAUGGUGUUUGAGUGGUACUCCAUUACAAAACAGAAUUGGUGAAAUGUAUUCCCUGAUCAGAUUUUUAGACGUUGAACCAUUCUCAAAAUAUUUCUGUACUAAAUGUGAAUGUGCCUCUAAGGAGUGGCAUUUUUCAGAUUUCAUGCAUUGUGAUUCUUGUAAUCAUGUUGUUAUGCAACAUACAAAUUUUUUCAACCAUUUUAUGUUAAAGAAUAUCCAGAAAUUUGGUGUUGAGGGACCAGGUCUUGAAUCCUUCAAUAACAUUCAGAUACUAUUGAAAAAUGUCAUGUUGAGGAGAACAAAAGUCGAAAGAGCAGACGAUUUAGGUCUACCGCCAAGAAUUGUAACCAUCAGAAGAGAUUAUUUCAAUGAAGAAGAGAAGGAUCUGUACAGAAGUUUAUAUACCGACGUUACGAGAAAAUAUAAUUCGUAUGUCGAAGAAGGUGUGGUGCUAAACAAUUAUGCUAAUAUUUUCUCCUUGAUUACUAGAAUGAGACAAUUGGCUGAUCAUCCUGAUUUAGUCCUGAAACGUAUGACAAAUAAAACAGCAUCCGUCGAAGGUGUGAUUGUAUGUCAAUUAUGUGAUGAUGAGGCGGAAGAACCUAUCGAAUCCAAGUGUCAUCACAAAUUCUGUAGACUUUGCAUAAAAGAAUAUGUGGAAUCAUAUUUAGAGACUGAAAAAAAUCUAACUUGCCCUGUCUGUCAUAUUGGUCUAAGUAUAGAUUUAUCACAACCUGCAUUGGAGGUCGAUAUAGAUCAAUUUAAAAAACAAAGUAUUGUAAGUCGACUAAAUAUGAAGGGAACUUGGAGAUCAUCGACUAAAAUCGAAGCUCUUGUAGAAGAGUUGUACAAACUAAGGAGUCCUGUUAGAACUAUUAAGUCUAUUGUUUUCUCUCAAUUUACAAGUAUGUUGGAUUUAGUUGAAUGGAGAUUAAAAAGAGCAGGUUUCAAAACUGUGAAACUACAAGGUAGCAUGUCGCCAAUUCAAAGAGAUCAAACAAUCAAAUAUUUUAUGAAUAACAUUGAAUGUGAGGUAUUUUUGGUUAGUUUAAAGGCUGGUGGUGUCGCCUUAAACUUGUGUGAAGCAUCUCAUGUAUUUUUAUUGGAUCCAUGGUGGAACCCAAGUGUCGAAUGGCAAAGUGGUGACAGAGUACAUAGAAUAGGUCAAUUCAGACCGGUGAAGAUCACUAGGUUCUGUAUUGAAGAUAGUAUUGAAGCGAGAAUUAUUGAGCUACAAGAAAAGAAGGCCAACAUGAUCCACGCAACUAUAAAUCAGGAUCAAGCUGCUAUUAGUAGACUUACACCUGCAGAUUUACAGUUUUUGUUUAACAAUUAG